UCUCCAUUCAGCCACAAGGGGCCCAAGGAGCCACAACUCUGGAAAACAUCUGGCCUUCAUGCGGAUCGACUGCGACUUCCUCCCAGAUGUUAAAACAUCCGGAUCGACAUUUAAUCUCCAACAUUUUCUGUCUCUUUCAGCGCGAUCGCAGUUAGAAAUUGACUUUGUGGAUUAAAAACUAUAUAUAAUAAUAAUAAUUAAUUACUUAAUUAAUAAUGGAAAAGAUGUAUGGACUUCUGGUUCUACAUUUUUCCAGCCGAAUACGAAUAAAAAAGAAACAAUGAAGACGAGUUUCUAUGUUUCUCUGACCGGAUGGCCGCAUCAGUGGGUGAAGUAAAAGUGGAAGAAGUGAUGGAGCUUUUGGAACCGACUCAGCCGGUGAACGCCUCCAAUGACAGCUUCAUUUCUCUCCUACCUGAGAGCGCAGAGAGCCUCGCCUAUCAGAUCUCUCUGGCGGCCGUCCUGUCGCUCAUCACGCUCGCCACCACGCUCUCCAACGCCUUCGUCAUCGCAACCAUUUCCCAGUCGAAGAAGCUGCAAACUCCGGCGAACUUUCUGAUCGCGUCGCUGGCGGUCACCGACCUCCUGGUGUCCAUCCUGGUGAUGCCCAUCUGCGUCCUGUACACGGUCAUCCACAGCUGGACGCUCGGCCAGAUCGUCUGCGACAUCUGGCUCUCCUCCGACAUAACCUGCUGCACCGCGUCCAUCCUGCAUCUGUGCGUAAUUGCGCUGGAUAGGUACUGGGCCAUCACGGAUGCGGUGGAGUACUCCAAGAAGCGCACGCCGGGACGCGCGGCCGGGAUGGUGGCCACCGCCUGGGUCAUCGCCAUCUCCAUCUCCCUGCCGCCUCUCUUCUGGAGGCAGGUCAAGGCGGAGGAGCUGACCAGCUGCAGCGUCAACACGGACCACAUCUUUUACACCAUCUACUCCACCUUCGGGGCGUUUUACAUCCCCACCCUGCUGCUCAUCGUGCUGUACGGGAGGAUUUACGUGGAGGCCCGGAAGCGCAUUCUGAAACAGUCUCCAAAAAAGGUCGGGAAGAGACUGACCUCUGCGCACCUGGUCACCAACUCUCCCGGAUCCGUGGCGUCCACGACUUCGCUGCAGUACGCGAGGCACGACACUCCGUCCAGCGACACCGGGUCGUCGACCAGCGAGAACCAGGUGAAAGUCACGGUGUCCGACGCGCUUUUGGAGAAAAAGCGCAUCUCCGCGGCCAGGGAAAGAAAAGCGACCAAGACUCUGGGGAUCAUCCUCGGCGCGUACAUCGUCUGCUGGCUUCCGUUUUUCAUUUACACGCUGCUGGUGGCCACAUGUGAGACAUGUUUGAACCCCGAGCUGUUCGACUUCUUCACCUGGCUGGGAUACCUGAACUCUCUGAUUAACCCGAUCAUUUACACCAUGUCCAACGAGGAUUUCAAGAAGGCUUUCCAGAAACUAGUGCGCUUCAGAUGCUGCAGGUCCUGAACUGAUCCUCCAAACUAAAUGCUUGUUUUAUAUAUGUAUAAAACACAAAACCUUUCUUGUCAUUUCGUCCUAACUGUUUCGUUUCAUACCUGUAAACUGACAUGGCAUGACGGAUACGUUUAUUUUUCGGAGUAAUUCAAUAUUUUGAUGAUUCAUGGAUUUAACACGUCAUUCAAAAAGCCAUACGGCCAAUCCAGUUCUAUUUAUUUUGAUUAUUUGCUGAUUAUUUCACCAUUUUGCCAUUUCAGACCUCAAUUGUUUUCUUUCUGGUACAGAAUUUAUUUAUUUAUUUUGUUGUUUAUUAUUGUGUGGAAAUGCAUGAAUGCAGUAAAAAUAUCUACAAGCAGGAAGUCACUUGAGGUCAUAAAGGGUCAUAUAAUAUAUUAAAAUAUUGGGAAUAGCAAGAAAGAGGAUCAGGGGAACUAAUUAAGGAAUUGACUGUUUUCUCAGCAUUUAGAUGUUGAAUUUGGACCUUAAUCUCAGAAUUCUGAGUUUAAUUUAAAAUUUUGACUUUCAUCAAAAAAUUUAG